CGGGACAGGAAGUGACGCAGGUUCAGUUUAUGCAACUUCCUGCUGCUCUUGACAGCGGAUAGCGUUAGAUUUGACUGUUGAGUUGAUGCAUCCAGUUUGUUGUUGCAUUGACCUGUUGAACAGCUGAGAGUGUAGAGUUAAGAGGUGGAUGUGGUCGGACUGUGGAUCAUGUGGUUACAUGAGGAUCAUUCCAUCACUAUGGCAGGACUGGACUUCUACAAACAUACCUCCCUGUCGGCCAGUCGCUCAGAGAAGGGGACGGGCUGGUCGAGUCGCUCACUCGGCGCCCGAUGUCGCAACUCCAUCGCCUUGUGUUCCGACGAGCAGCCGCACAUCGGAAACUAUCGGCUGCUCAAAACUAUCGGGAAGGGCAACUUCGCCAAAGUCAAACUGGCGCGACACAUCCUCACCGGCAGAGAGGUUGCAAUAAAGAUCAUCGAUAAAACCCAACUCAACCCAACCAGCCUGCAGAAGCUGUUUCGGGAGGUACGCAUCAUGAAAACGCUCAACCAUCCCAACAUAGUUCAACUGUUCGAGGUGAUUGAGACGGAGAAGACUCUGUAUCUGAUCAUGGAAUACGCCAGCGGAGGCGAAGUGUUCGACUACCUCGUGGCUCACGGCCGAAUGAAGGAGAAAGAGGCCAGAGCUAAGUUUAGACAGAUCGUCUCAGCGGUUCACUACUGUCACCAGAAGAACAUCGUCCAUAGAGACUUAAAGGCCGAGAACCUGCUCCUUGACGCCGACUCCAACAUUAAAAUCGCAGACUUCGGCUUCAGUAACGAGUUCACAGCCGGCAGCAAACUGGACACGUUCUGUGGGUCACCACCGUACGCCGCCCCUGAGCUGUUCCAGGGGAAGAAGUACGAUGGUCCGGAGGUGGACAUCUGGAGUCUGGGGGUCAUCCUGUACACGCUGGUCAGCGGAUCGCUGCCCUUUGACGGGCAGAACCUGAAGGAACUCCGGGAGCGGGUUCUGAGAGGGAAGUACCGCGUCCCCUUCUACAUGUCCACAGACUGCGAGGGAAUCCUGCGCCGCUUCCUGGUCCUGAACCCGGCCAAGCGUUGCUCGCUGGAGCAAAUAAUGAAAGAUAAGUGGAUAAACGUUGGCUACGACGGAGAGGAGCUGAAGCCGCACACGGAGCCGGUGGAGGACUACAACGAUACCAGUCGCAUCGAUGUGAUGGUUGGGAUGGGUUUCGCUAGAGACGAGAUCAGAGAUUCUCUGUCCAGUCAGAAGUACAACGAGGUCACUGCCACCUACCUGCUGCUGGGACGCAAGAACGAGACGGAGGGCAGUGAAUCCCGGUCCGGCAGCAGUCUGAGUUUAGCCCGGGUCCGGACCGGUGCCAUCACCAACGGAACCAGCAAACACUCCACCUCCUCCUCCUCGUCCGGCGCCCCCUCCUCCUCCAGCCAUAAGGCCCAGCGCAGCGCCUCCACCUACCACCGCCAAAGACGCCACUCCGACUUCUGUGGUCCUGCAGUCCCGGGGUCAACGCACCCCAAACGCAGCCCCAGCGGUGUCGCAGAAGGGGCGGGCCUUAAAGAGGAGCGACUUUCAAUCCGCAAACCGAGCACCAACACCGUCGGCUCACGCAGCAUCCCGACACCCUCCAGCCCCAUGGUUAGCUCCGCCCACAACCCAAAUAAGGCCGAGAUACCCGACCGACGCAAGGAAUCCAACUCAACCACGAAUAACAUCCCUGCCAGUGCCAUGACUCGAAGGAACACGUAUGUUUGCACAGAUCGAUCCAGUAACGACCGACACUCACUGCUGCAAAACGGAAAAGAGAACAGUUCCUUAUCCCACCGCCUCCCCCCGGCCUCCCCCUCCACCCAUAGCAUCGCUGGUGCUUCUGGCGUCUCCUCGUCGUCCUCCACGCCCUCCUCCCGUCUCUCCAGAGGAUCCACGGUGAGGAGCACUUUCCACGGAGGGCAGAUCAGGGACCGCCGGCCCCCCUCCCACGCCCCCCCGGCCUCGCCCACCCCCUCCCACGAUGCCAGCCCACUGCCACACGCCAGGACCAGGACCACGACCAACCUGCUCAGCAAACUCACCUCCAAGCUGACCCGCAGGGUCACUCUUGACCCUUCUAAACGUCAGAGCUCAAACAAGUCCAUGUCGGGCUGCACCCUCCCACAGGGGACAAAAACAGUUAGGUCACAGACGAACCUGAGAGAAUCAGCAGAUCUCCGGUCACAAGCCGCCGCUGCUUCAGUCCCGUCUGAGUUUCAGGUUAAAGGCAGCAGUCGCCAUCUAUCUGGGCAUCAGAAAGCGGCCGAGCCCCGGACCCCCCGAUGCGGCUGGGAUGUGAGGGUUCGGAGCCCCCGCGACCCGGCUGAGGUGGUGUUGGCGCUGCGGGAGGCGGCGCAGGGCUGCGGUUGCCAGGUGCACGUGGCCGGGCCCUUCCUCCUGUCCUGCACCCACGGGGCGGCCGGCACCCGCGUCGCCUUUGAGGCCGAGGUGUGCCAGCUGCCCGCCGGGCCGGGCCAAAGCAGCGGAGUCCGGUUCCGACGCCUGUGGGGGGCGCCGCUGGCCUUCAGAGACAUCGCCACCAAAGUGUCCAAGGAGCUGGAGCUCUGAGGGCGACAGGAGGCGGGGUUGAGUGAGGAGGAGGAGGGACCAAGAGGAAGAGGAGGAGGAGGAGCUACGGACUGACACCUCCUCCUCUUCCUCCGCCUCCUUUAUGUGGCUAAUGAUGCCCCGCCUCCGCCAAAGACCCUCCCCUUCUUCUUCUGAUGCCGCCAGUCACAGCCACCUGCACUGAUCCGGAUCAGAAACUGGAUUAACCCAUAAAGACCCAAAUAUGCAAAAGCAUCUACUGAUCUAAACUGUUCAAUAACUGUUACUCUUAUCAAUACAUGUCAAUAAUUCAGGUAAAUACAGUUUCAUGGUCAUCAAACAU